AUUUACUUUCCGGAAAGAGUGUAUGUGUCAUUCGUUCCUGCUGAUGGAACCGUCACUUAGAUUAGAUAUCUUUAUAAAGUCUCGCUGCGCUUCUUUUAUAUAUACCUUUACUGAAUGAUGCUGCAUAGACUCUUGAAUCCUCGAAACGUUUGCUGUUACAUAUUAGCCAAUAAGUCAAACACAGUACGAAAAUCAUACUCUUCUCUUUCAGUUGCAUAUGAUCAUUCAACUAAUCCAGCAACAACAGUGAAUGACACUCUAGUUGAUACGUUCAGUCGACGUCAUAAUUACCUUCGCAUCUCCUUGACCGAAAAAUGCAAUUUACGUUGUACUUACUGCAUGCCAGAAGAAGGAGUUCAAUUAACGCCCAACGCACAACUUCUUACAAAAGAAGAGAUACUACACUUGGCCAGUUUAUUUGUGGAGCAAGGAGUCACCAAGAUCCGACUAACAGGUGGUGAGCCUACGGUUCGAUCAGAUAUUGUAGAAUUAGUACAGGGAAUCGGGAAACUUAAAACGAGAGGCCUUGAAAGUUUAGCAAUGACAUCCAACGGUAUUGCUUUAAAACGAAAAUUGCCUUCCCUUUAUGAGGCCGGUCUGGAUACCAUCAACCUCAGCCUUGACACUCUAGACCCUCACCUAUUUGAGAUCAUGACGAGAAGGAGGGGGUUUGAUAAAGUCAUUGGCUCAAUUGAUGAAGCUAUUCGCUUGGGAAUACCACAUGUAAAGAUAAAUACGGUUGUCAUGCGUGGUAUCAAUGAUCAAGAAGUGCCGGAUUUCGUUAGUUAUACAAAGGAUCGUCCGAUCAAUGUGAGAUUUAUAGAAUACAUGCCAUUCGAUGGUAACAGAUGGAACAAGAACAAACUGGUGCCUUAUACUGAAUUAAAAGGCAACAUUGAGUCUAAAUUUGGAAGAUUGGUUAAAGUGAGGGAUAGUCCUAAUGACACAACAAAGCAUUAUCAGCUUCCUGGUUACAAAGGACGCAUUGGCUUCAUCACAUCCAUGACAGAUCAUUUUUGCAGUACUUGUAAUAGACUACGAAUCACGGCUGAUGGAAGUAUUAAAGUGUGCUUGUUUGGCAACACAGAGGUGUCAUUACGUGAUCUGAUGCGAGAAGGCAAAGCUGAUGAAGAGCUGGUUCAAGUUAUUAGUACAGCUGUAAAAAAGAAGAAAAGGCAACAUGCAGACAAUAGUAGCAAAUACCGCUUCAACCAUUUGAUGCCUUUUCAUUCUCUACCUCCCAUAACGCAUUCAGGAUUCCUUGCAAGCAAUCAACGAUUGUAUUCCUCAAAGAGUGACAGCGACCCUCGUCUGACUCACACAGAUCCAGAAACAGGAGAGGCACGUAUGGUGUCAGUAACAGAUAAGGUGCCUACAAAAAGAGAAGCAAAAGCCAUUGGAAGAAUUAUGUUACCAGAGCAUGCCUAUGAGCUACUAAAGAAGAAUGACGCACAUUCACCAAAGGGAGAUGUGCUAACUGUAGCAAAAAUAGCCGGUAUUCAAGCAGCUAAAUCUACUUCUAACCUUAUUCCUCUGUGCCACCCUCUGCUUUUGGGAUUAAUCGACGUGCGUCUUUGGUUAGAUGACCAUAGAAAGAGUGUUGAAUGUGAAUCUAUCGUUCAAACAUCAGGCAAGACUGGUGUUGAGAUGGAAGCUCUGACGGCGACAAGUGUUGCGCUCUUGACUGUGUAUGAUAUGUGUAAGGCAGCAACAAAGGAAAUGAGAAUUGAAAAUAUAAGAGUGGUUGAAAAAACAGGUGGCAAAAGCGGCCCGUGGAAGACGUCGAUUAAAGAAAGUGCUUAAUAAAGUAUUUAUCUCUCAAUUGCUUCCAACACCCACUGCUUUUUUGUUUUGGAAUUUUGGAAUUUCCU